AUGUCUUCUGGUUUCGGUUUGGACGGUGGCCGUGGACGAUGCUUCCACUUUUGGCAAGAGUUCAACAAGUGUUAUGCUUCUGCUGAUCUUCCUCAACAAUGUCUUGCUCAACGUGAUGAUUAUCUGGAAUGUCUUCACCACACCAAAGAGUUUGCUCGUAUCACUCGUAUUAAAGCGGAAGAAUUAAAACAAGCUCAACUGAGACAAAAGCAAAAGAAGGAUGCCGUCAAUGCAGCCAAUUCCAAUGUACAGAAAUUGAACAUCAUUGAAGAAAAGGCCAGCGCAUAA